UGAGUGGCGGGGAGGAGAGGAGGGCUGUUUGGUCAGUGUGAACGGAGCCGGUGUUAUGGGAGGGCUGAAGGCGGCCCGGGUGGUGCGCAGGACAGUGCUGCUACCCACUAUGUUGACGUUCGGUGUGAUCGUGGCGUCGGGCGGGCUGUUGCUGAUGAUCCAGAAGGGCAUGCUGGCUGAGGUGGACACCAUGAGUAGCCAUACAUACGGAGCCAGGAGCCGGUCCCGCAGCAGCACCAACUCCAGGCCCAGCUCCGGUGGCGGACAGGAUUGGAAGGGGGGACUGGACCCGGAUUACCAGAUUAUUCAAGAGAUUCGGAACAGGACUAUACAGAGUGUUUGUAAACAGAAGACAAUGCCACAUGGUAUUUUGGAUUUGACCUCAUCCCAACGACGGACUUUGCUGAAACACAUUCUAGUUAAUGAUGAAUACAAGUUCUUGUACUGUUAUGUGCCCAAAGUUGCAUGCUCUAACUGGAAACGUGUUAUUAAAGUUCUGAGUGGUGUGUUGGAUAAUGUACACGUGCAGAUCAAAAUGGACCACAAAAAUGACUUGGUCUUCCUUGGAGAUUUAAAGAACAAUGAGAUCAAAUACAGGCUGAAACAUUACUACAAGUUUAUGUUUGUUCGAGACCCAAUGGAACGAUUGUUGUCAGCUUACAGAAAUAAGUUUGGAGAAGUGGUGGAAUACCAAAGGAGGUACGGAAUGGAGAUAGUGAGAAGAUAUAGGAAAAGCAUUGGACAGUCGAAGGGGGAUGAUGUUACAUUUUCAGAAUUUCUUCAGUAUUUGGUGGAUGAAGAUGUAGAGACAAUGAAUGAACAUUGGAUGCCAGUUUACAAUCUCUGUCAACCAUGUGCUGUGACGUAUGACUACAUUGGUUCUUAUGAACGAUUGCAUAGUGAUGCACACCAUGUACUUCAAAAUAUUGGGGCCACAGACAGUGUUGAGUUUCCUGAAAGACAAGCAUGGUAUAAACCUGUCACAAAGGAGAUCUUGCAUUACUAUCUAUGCAAAGUACCUCAGGAACUUCUGCAUGAACUUCUACCAAAGUAUAUUCUGGAUUUUUCAUUGUAUGCAUAUCCUCUCCCAAAUGUUACACGUGAAUAUUGCAGGCAUUAAGAGCAAUGUCUCUCUUGAUGGCUAAGAAUGCUUGGCCAUUAUUUUCUAAAUGAUACUGGUUGUAUUAUUGAUAUUCUUUGUGGCAUUCUAUUGUUGCUUUUGUUUGUUUAUGUAUGCAUAUAACAUCGGCGUGAUGGACUUCCCCAAAACCUCUUUUUUGCUUUUCAGCUCCCCCCGCCAAAAAAGUGUAUGACUUGAAUAUUUUCUGUGUUAAAUUUUUAAUUCAAAUUAACUUGUGUAAUUUCUCCAGAAUCAGUAUUUCAGUAACUGUUUUUGUUUUGCAUGACAAUUUGAGACACUUUAAAAGAUGUUUUUCAAGCUAUUUUCAUAACUUCUGUUUUUACUGAGCUGUGUUCCUUUUUCUCUUCAGCUAUGUUCCUUUUUCUCCUAACUUGUUUAGUUUCUUUACUCUUAAAAGAUUCUUCUAUUCUGCUUUUCAGAAACUGCAUAAUGUUUUUCCCAGCGUGUGGAUGUAAUUCCACUAUCAGGGGAGCCCACUGAUCACAUAGGUAUAGACUGCUCUAGUUUAUUUUUUAAAAACUCUAUAACUUGAGUAAAUUUGCUUUGCAGUUGCUUGUUGUGAGGCCAGACUGGAACCUCACACCACCUCUUGCUGAUUAGUUGACAGAAUGUUACUUCAGCAGUGGGAAAUUCUCAACUGUAACAAUGGCAGUACCAUAAAAUCUUAGAGAACAAGCAGUUUCCCCCAGCACCUGACUGCUGUCUUUGAGCUGCUUGUUUUUAUUUUAAAGGAGCAGGGCUCAAUUUUUGAAUAAAUGGAAUUUCUUACACUUGAUAACUUUGUAUUAGUAGAAUGACAGAAGCUCGAAUGUUGCAUUAGAAAUUGUUCUUGAUCACCUUGUAAAUAUAUGGAUUUUAUGCAUAUUUUAAAAACUGUACAUAGAUUGCACCAGGCUUAUGAUGUUAUUUUGUUAAUUGUAUGGAACACAUUUUACUUUGCCUUCCACAGAAGUGGCAGAUCUAUUGUAUGUAUUGUAUAAAUUCUAAAGGCAUAAGUAGCUUGGAAAUGAAUGAGUCCAUUAGGAACUGGUACAAUUGAUAGAACAUUUUUUUAAAAAGGUAUAUUUCAUUUAAGUCAAAUAAAAUAUUUCCACCUUGA